AUGGUUAUCGCAUCGCUCGGUAGUACUGAUGCCAUACACAUGGUCCCGCAGUUCUUCGGGCAUGAUAAUCAAUCUCAAAGAUACCACACUCAACAUCUUUGGUGUUGCCUUAUUCUGGUAAUCACUGACUAUGGUCAUAGGUUGGCGCAGUAUAUCUACCAUAUUCUUCAGAUCCAUCGAGGGAGCAGCACAAACACCCUUGGGAAAGUUACAAUAGAGGGGUGA